AUUGUUUUAGUUCAGUGCGCCGACGAUGACGUCAUGCCGUCCGCGAGACUCAGGAUGGCCACCUUUAUUUGGGGCAACACGAAAAAGGGCAUUUCGUCGUAUUAGUGGAGUCGAGUGUUUGACAUUGAGAGAGUGAAUAACGGCUGAAUUACGCUCGGUGUGAGGAAACGGUGACUCGACGCACAUAUAAUAAAUAUAAUGUGUUAUUACUUAUUAUAUUUAUUUAUUGACAAAGUCAAUAAGACUAACUGAUUUUUUUAUUUAAAUGGCCCGAAUUAUAUACAAUGUGACGUUGUGUAUAAAAGUGUGCCUAAAACAAAGCAAGCGUUAUAUGGUGUUGUGAACUUGUUUCUUGCGGUGUGGCGCCCUCACGUGGGAGCUCAGGUCGGACCCGGGCCGUUUCAACAUGGCUGCCUAGCAACCGCAGCUGCGUGCCUGGACACCGACCGACACCAAACAUUGCUGAACACAGUUGGGCCUCCGAGGUUUCCCCCCAGAAGACCGACGUAUUAUGGAAUUGUGGACACUAGUGUUGUUGUUUUAGUCUUCAAUGCCAGGUUCAUUUUAAAUGAUGAGCUUAUGUUAAUACGGCACUAAGUGAUGUCCCGUAUCUAGUGUGCCCUGUGUUUACCUUGCAGGUAAGUUAGCUUAACUUUAACGUCAUCAAAGUUAGCAUGAAUGUGAUGAAAUUAUGAUGUCUGCUUACUUACUAACCUCAGUUAUUUGUUACUAUCCUCCCUUCUGGCAGCCUCGUCGUCAUGGCGGGUCUUUAGUCUCCCAAUUGACCAUGAGUGAAAUAAAGCCGUAACUACAUGUAAUAUUUGUCUCGGCGUUAUCUCAGCGAAACAUUUCAAAGCAGAAAAGUUAUGACACAGAGUGAGAAACAAAAGCACUGCGGUGAUGAAGAGGUGGUCAAGGAACUGGUGAGUAUGAAAUUCACAUUAAAAUGAUGAAUGGUAUCUCGGUUUAAAAUUUGAAAUGGCUUCCAACAACUGAAUUCAUCAUCUGAUAUCAUGUUGCAAUGCAAUGGUAUAUUGCUAUGUAUUUGUACUUUUUACUGCCUUAUCGUUUUCUUUUUUCAAAUUAGGAUUCUCGUGAAUGUUUUGUAUCAACAGUGUUUGGCCAUCGGAGUUUCCUAUGACAAUAUUGCACACGAAGGAAGCACCGUCAGCUCACUGGAGAUCUUCUGUGGUGGUCUUCCCCGCAUGGUUGGGCUUUCGUUCUUCCCACGGCUCUGCCAGUUUACCGUAUGGGGCCAGAAUAUAAAACACAUUGAAGGACUUGAGUGCUGUCCUCUACUUCGGGAGCUCUGGGUCGUCCAGUGCCACCUGACAGGGAUAUCUGGGCUACAGAACUGUCUACAACUAGAGAAACUUUACCUGUAUGAUAAUCAGAUCUGUGAAAUAAAGAAUUUAGAAUUGCAGAUCAAUCUAGAAGUCUUGUGGCUCAACAACAACUGCAUAACUCAGAUAAAGGGCUUGAAUACACUUCAUAACCUCAAAGAACUAAACCUUGCUGACAACAAUAUUGAAAAGAUUGGGCAUAACCUUGAUCCUAAUGUCAGGCUUCAGAAUCUUAAUCUGUCUGGGAACAAGAUCAGCUCAUUUAAGGAGCUGACCCUGCUUUCCCGCUUACCCCAUCUGAGAGAACUAGCACUGAAGGACCCAAUGUCAACUUCGAACCCAGUGUGUCUUCUGUGUAACUACGCCACGCACGUUAUUUACCACCUCCCAGGCCUCCAGCGACUUGACACAUACGAUGUCUUCAGCAAGCAAGUCAAGGAAGCAGCGGAGUCCACAGUAAUGAAGAAAAUGAUGUACUACAACAUGCGUGUGCAUACUGCUCAGAGGAACCUGGCUGAGAUCCGACUCAGUUUGAUGGAGAGGAAGAAAACUAUGUUACAGUUCCCAGAAGAAUGCAUCAAAACACUGAAUCACGCCCUCAAGAGUCUUGAAGGUGAGCUCUCCAAGGUGCCAGCUAGUUGUAAGAAGUCUGCCAGCACGAUGGAGGACGGAUCGACCCACCUGGUUGAAGGUUCAAUUUGCAGAAGUGACCCAACCACUGACUUCAGUCGCGAUCCUGCCAUGGAGCACAAAAUACUCAGCAAGAUUGAAGCACUGAGGGAGAGACUGGUGCUAAGGACGAGGAGGCUGGAUGAGAUUGAAGCAUGGUAUGAGCGGGGUCUGACACAAGCCACGAACAUGAUGGAAUAUACAGUCCAGUUUCUAUUGAUGGAGCUGGAAAGUGUUGGAAAUAUUCGUUUGGAAGAGGGCUGCUCCAAGGACCCAUGGUUUACUUCCUGUUGCGACCUCUUGCAUUCCCGCUUCUCUCAUUCAGACUUUAAGGUCCGUAACAUCGCUGGCAUUAAGAUCAAUAGAGUUAUCCGCAUCCACAACAGCGCUUUGAGGCUUCGCUUUGAGGACAAACUUCACACCCUUCUAGCAAGCAAAGAGUCUGCUUCACACAGGAAUUACAGACGUCGGCUGGAGCACUUGUUUUCCAUCGCUGACCCUGAAAAAAAUAGCGAGAUGGAAGACAUUCUGUGCAUUUUAGAGGAAGGCUUCAAAACAACCAAACAAAAUAAGGCAUUGGAAAGAGAGGGUGCUAUACCUCUAUCCAACAGCCUGAGUGUGGUUGAACGGCCCAGAAUUGAACACACACUGCGUCAGGCCAGCCAAGAUGAGUCCAAGCACAGUACGCACACAAUCCACUUCAGGCACGGUCAGGUUAUUGUUUCCAAAGUUUUUGUGGGCCACAGCAUGCCUAUCCGAGAGGGAGAGCCGCUGGACAGAAGCAGAUAUCCAAGGGCGUGCUCUGUAUAUCGCAAUGUGGACACUAAGCACAGAACUGCAAUAAGUGAAGAGAGACCCAACUCCUCAAAAACACACACAGGCCCCGAGUGCAGUCCCAGACGACGACAGUGGUUUGUGUUUGACCAUGAGCUCGUCCUGCCCGAGUACAUCAUUUAUUUUGAAUACAUCACCACCGGGGAUCAAGAACAAUCACUCAGCUCAGGCAUUGAUGAUACUCCGUACAACAACAUCGACUUAGACAGGGAAGUCCUCAACAUGGAACCUGUGCUGAAACCACAGCUCAGGUUGUUGAGCUUGGAUGACAAAAUUCUGCUGAAUGUGGCCAAAGCCAACGUCUUCAGUCAAAUCACCGUGCUGAACCUUCAUGGCAACAGUCUGACGAAAUUAAAGGAGAUUUCCCGCCUCACCGCUCUGAGGCAUCUUACCAUCAGCUUCAAUAGGUUCACACAAUUGGAUGACAUUUCUCACAUGCCCAACCUUGAGUUUUUGGACGCCAGCUACAACUGCCUAGUGACCCUAGAAGGCCUGAGGAGGUUGAGACAGCUCAAACAGCUCGACCUGCGCUGGAACAUGCUGACCAAGGCCAGAGAGGACACAGCCGUGCUGAGAAAACACACGCCUGCUCUGCUGAAGCUUGACACCCGAUAUAACCCCUGGAUCAGGUCCAAAACAGUCCGAAUGACCAUACUGGGCCAUCUCACAACCCUCACCCACCUGAACGAUAUGAUGGUAGCAGAAGAGGAGGCUGCUUCUGCUGUUCUGAUGGCUGCUGGAUCCAAAAUUAACCAGGCAUCUCUUCUGGUUCACUCGAGUACCGACAGUGACCGACCCCGCAGUCUCAGCCUGCUGUCAACGGCCCAGCACCUAUGUCCUCUCAGUCCUGCACCCUGGGGCCUCGCCCGAGAGCUGGAGCUUGACUGGACUGCAAAGAUCACUGCCCUGAACUUUGACAGCCAGGGGAUUUCCAAACUGAUCAGUUUGAAUAAGCUGGUCAACCUUCGCUGGGCUUCCUUCAACGAUAAUGACAUUUCUAAAGUGGAGGGUCUUGACAGCUGCUUGAAGCUGGAGGAGCUUUCCCUCAACAACAACAGCAUAAGCACACUCAAUGGACUAUCAAAACUGCAUUGCCUAAAUAAACUGAGUGUAGAUGGGAAUCAGCUGUCUAGUCUCGAUGCCUCGGCCCUAGAUCAGCUGCCUCACCUGUCCUUUAUGUCUGUGGAGAACAACUUUAUCAGUUCCCUGCAUGGCAUCCAGAGAGUUCGCUCCCUUCUUGAGCUCUACAUCGGCAACAACCAAAUCUCUACCUCACGUGACAUCUACUAUCUGAAGAGAUUGACAAACCUCAUCAUUCUGGAUCUUUAUGGGAAUCCUUUAGUGGAGAAACUGGAAAACUAUCGUAUUCAUGUGGUUUUCCACUUACCCUUCCUAAAAGCUCUGGAUGGCAUUGCAGUGGAGGUGACUGAGUGUGAAAAUGCAAAGGAUAUGUUUGGAGGACGACUAACCCCUGACAUAGUAGCAGAGAAGCUGGGCCACUCAAACUACACAGACAUCACCUACCUUACCCUCCAGUCCUGCUCCAUUAAGAUGGUUGAUCUGUCUCCAGCAGAUCUGUUCUGUAGCCUGCGCAGCGUCAACUUUGACCACAACGACCUCACCUCUUUUUCUGGUCUCAUUUACCUGCCCAACAUCAAAGCUCUGUGUCUGAACUACAACCACAUUGAGUCCAUCCUGCCCAGACUGAAGACGCAGACUCCUCUCACCAACAGACAGAUUCUAUACAACAAAGUUCACUCCAGUGGUUAUGGCCAACAGAGCCCAUCCAAAGGCAAAGGGGAAGCUGCGCCCACUGGCAGUCUCGAGCCACUGAUGGGCAGCCUGGAGGUGCUGCAUUUAAGUCACAAUGGCAUCUCCAAUAUGGCCAAUCUGCAGCUCAGCAGGCUCACCAAUCUUAAAGCGCUCUUCCUUCAAGGCAAUGAGAUCAGCCAGGUGGAAGGACUGGAAGGUCUUCACCAGCUCAGGGAGCUUGUGUUGGACAGGAAUCGGAUCAAAGCUCUGGCUGAUAACUCUUUCAUAGCCCAGACGGUCCUGCUAGAACUGCACAUAGCAGAGAACCGGAUCCGGGAGCUCAACCAUCUCCAGCCUUUGACUGAGCUCCGCAAGCUCUUUCUUGGCAUGAACAAGCUGCAGGACAUCACAGAGCUUGACAAACUAGAAGUUCUUCCUUCGUUGACCGAGCUCUCUGUUGUUGGUAACCCUGUUGCCAAAAAUUCUCUUCACAGACCACCGAUGGUACUCCGUCUGUCCCGGUUGCAGGUCCUGGAUGGAGUGAUGGUCACCCUGGAGGAGAGGACCAGGGCUGAACUCCUCAGUGCGGAUCCAUUAGCAUGCUCCCAAUGCCCUGGAGCUUCUCUUCCUACCACUGAAAUCAACCUACCUGAACUGCUACCCCUUGUGCCUCGAAGCACCCCGCUCAGAGGAAUGACUAUCAGUGGAGCGCUACAGAACUUUAUCCAUGGGCACGAUGUCCUGCCAAGUAACGUGGACGAGGCCCAAUCUCAUCACACAUGCAAGCACAAGAAGCACAAGCACGGUAAUGCUGUCCGUAGCGGCCAAGCGGACAUGACAUUUAGACCCAUUCGAAGACCAGGAAACAACCUGCCAACCACAGGUCUUCUUCACGAUGGGACGAACAGAGUCAUCGUCACCCAUCCCAGCCAAGAGCAAGAAAGCAGAUUUCCAAAUGGUGGCAAACCUCCACCCAUGUAGCGGCUCGAAGAGGUGAAUCUGGUUAAAUGUGAAACUAAAAUAAACAAUAAACACAAGCAGCAGCCAUGUGGUAUGGUCAUAUAUGUCCUAUAUCAUACUAGUGUAGGGCAUCAUAGCUUGAGUGUAGUGUUUUAAAGUGUGCCUUAAUGUAUAUGAGCAUCUGCACUUCUGCAUGAUAGAUGCAUAUUUAACAGAUCAGAACACAAAGCAAUUGAAGUGCCUUUAUUUUUUUGACAGGGCAAUACUUUCUGUAACCUUUUCUUUUGCUGUUUACAUAUCAAUAAAUCACUUUUGCCACUCUUAAAUUUUUAACAACAUGUUUGGUGUUAAAAACAAUUAGGCUACUUGAAGUUUACAUGUAGUGCAUCCCUUUCAUAUGCAUUUAUUAUAACUGUGACCUUAUUUUUUCCCCACAUAUGUGGAUCACUCACCAUGGUGAUUUUGGUUUCAUGUAUACUGCUGUCCUAUCCUUGGCCCAGAACAAGUGAAAAAACACCCACAGAUGUAAGGACGUGUGAGGCUGGCAUGCUGCUUCCAUGGGGUCAGAUGGAUCUCCAACAAGUGGAUAAUCCAUCUUUAGCACACCUCAUGUGGACAAUAAUCUGCAGUCACUCAGAUAAAGAUGUAAUCUUGAAUGAUGUCCUAAUGGAUUUCAGAGAUUGUCAGUUUCAUCAUGUUAGCCUCUUUUCCAAAAGCUCUCCACAGUUUUGACGAAUAGGCAAAUCUGGUAUGUUGUAACUGGAAAUGAAACCACUCUAUUUGAUAUUGAUGUUAGUUCUGCUGAACAUGAGAUUAUCAUCCUUCCUGUCUUCCGGACAGUUUAGCCUAGAGUCCUAUAGUUAACAAAAACACAGUCUGAGCCUUAAAUGAGGAUACAGCCCAUCGUAUGUGGCCUCAAACCUUUUCAUUCUGGGACCUCUAAACGGAAUAUUCACGAUGUGAUAUGAUUUCGAUAGGACAUCAAUCAACCGAGCCACUGUGCAGACUGUUAUCUUUCUCACCAACUUCUUGUAGUUAAAUUAUUGUUUGUACUUUAUAAUGAAACCUACUCCUUAAAAAAGACACAGUAUACAUUAAGUUUGAACAAAGGUUUGGGAAAUAUUGGCCAAUUUUUUUUAGAGUUUUACCAAGAAUACCUGUUCAAAAGGACAUCUCUUUGACUCCAUUUAACCAGAAACAUCUACAUUUCUUUUUUGUAAAGAUGUCUUUUAGUCAAAAACAGAUGAUGCUUAAUUUACAGUGCAUUUGCAAUAUGUUAAAUAUAUAAAGUAUUCCAUUUGUGCAUGAAAAACAUAUUUAAAAAAAGGGAAAGUAAAAGAAAGCACCUAUAAAAUAGUGAUAAUGGCAUAUAACAAAUUCAACCAGAAAAAAGUAAGGAACAAAAAAACAACAGAAGAAAAAACUCAUAAAUAUUAAUAUGUAAAUACAUACCCCCUCCCGCAUUAACAUUUUCUGUCAUAUUUCUAAUGCCACCCUGAACUCUGGCGGUAUUGUGACCGCUAGGUGUCCUUAGAGCUCCAUUAGCUCUCCCUGGAGAUGCUGCUAAUCAGCCCUCAAUGUAUUGACCACUUGCCCUGCAGACAGUAAUUUAUCAGUUGAGGGCGAAUUAUGUGAGUAUGCUUUGGUGUUGUGUUCCCUGCGUGGCCUUUGAUGAACAUGCGAGGCAACAGUGAAAAGCUCUCCCCAAACAAGCUCCUCUAAUGCAUGUACUUAACUUCCCUUAAUUUGUGUUAAUUCCCAGCAUUAAGCAGGGCUAAUGACUGUGCACUGCCAUUACCUUGCUCUGCCUGACAUCAAAUGGCAGCUGAUGGACUCAUAAAAAUCCUCUAAUGCACAGAUUUGGGAGCUCCGGGUGAGCUCUCAAAUGCAUUAGGUAUUGCAAAGGAUAAUUACACAAUCUAUAUUUAUGUACAGUAUGUGCAGUAUGGAUAUGUUUGAAAUAUCACAGUAGUAAUGCAAUUGUAUUUCUAUGUGUAUUGUAAGUUUGAGCAUACUUCAUAGGAUGCUUCCUUUUGCAUAUUUGUCAGUAUUUUUAACAUUAAAAUGACAUUAGCAUAAAGAUUGUGAAUAAUUCAUCAGUCCUGAGUGAAUUCAGAAGCACUGCUCUCUCUCUCUCUCUCUCUCUCUCUCUCUCUCUCUCUCUCUCUCUCUCUCUCUCUCCUCCAUGUGAGUAGACCACAUGGUUCGUGGCUGGUUUAAUGGGAUGGAAUGUGACAGGUUAUGUUUUCAUCUGCCUGGCUCGGGCGGGAGGGAUCAAGGGGGAGAAAGAGAGAGGGUUGAGAGGGGAAAGCGAGUCGGCCUGCAGUCGUGGUCGGGAUUCAUAAUUAGACAUGUUUGUGCUUGUUUUGAAUCAGUUAUAGAUGAUGCUCACACACACACACACACACACACACACACACACACACACAUAGAAAAACACAUGCUCUGUAUGGGGCCAUUACUUCUGGUCCACCAACUCCCUACAUUUUCUGUGUCUGUGCAUUCAGAGCACCAUUCGUCCAAGACUCUGAAUAAUUGCUGAAUGGAGCGUGUUUUCACUGCUAUCUCCUCAGGUUGGUGGAUGUUGUGGGUGAAGUGAGAUGGGUGAGGACAUUGAUCGAUGUUUGAUGCUGAAGAUAAUGCUGCAUCUUGCGCAAUGCUUAUCAAAGCAUUAUGAUCAGUCCAUGUAAUGGUUGAACAACACUCACUCAACAACUCCGCAUGCAUUUAUCGGCUUGUAUUAACGUUGGAAGUGCUGAGGUUACAACGACAUCAACAUCAUCACUUGACUUUGAAUUGCUGCUAAAAAAAUAAAAAUUUUCUCCACAUUUGACUGUUGAUGGCAAACAAAUUCAGAUAAUGAAAAUAUAGAUUGUUUUGUUUUCAAAUGGUGCAUAUUAUGUCCCAGUGUUCAUUUGUUAUCCCCACAAACACAUCCUCUAUUCAAAAACAAUCUUGCCAUAUUACUUCUCUUGAAAUCUGUCAUUGAGUUAUUGUUGUUGCUUGUCAUUUUCCUGUAAUUUGUUUUCUGUGAGGCUCCCUGGAAUAAAGAGCGAAUGGAGAGAGAAUAAAUACAGAUAAAAGAAUGCCGUGAGAGGGACAAUUAUAAUGAAAAGGAAAAUGCUUUUAUUUUGUGCAGAUAUUUUGGAUGGCAGCAUUAAAUCUAAACUGCUUUUCA